ACUCGCGGGCGACGUUGGUGAGACCGGCCGCACCCGGCCGCUUGUAGCCCCACUCACGAUGGCGGCCGUCGAUAUCUUCGACGUCAAGGUGCUUGACAACCCCGCCCCAUUUACUAAUCCGCUGCAGUUUGAAAUUACAUACGACGUGCGGGAAGCACUCAAGGAAGACAUCGAGUGGAAGGUAAUCUACGUGGGGUCAGCGGAAGAUCAAAGCCGCGACCAAGAGCUCGAUUCUGUUCUAGUCCCAGCGGAAGCGCAAGGCCGUUUCAAAUUUGUCCUGCAAGUGGACCCACCAAACCCCGCCAAAAUCCCCGACAGCGAUAUUGCCGGCGUCACCAUCGUCCUGCUUACCUGCAGUUACGAAAACGCCGAGUUUGUGCGUGUCGGUUACUACGUGAGCAACGAGUACCCGACCCCGGAGCUCAACGAGAAUCCUCCGUCAAAGCCAAUCAUCGACCAAAUCACGAGGACUAUCGCGGCCACAGACCCGCGCGUCACCAAAUUUCCACAUAAGUUUGACUUUUCGCAGCCAUUGCAGGGGACAUCAGCAGAUCCAGAGCUUUCGACCGACGGUGCUCACUUUGCCGCUGGAGCGGCAAGCGGGCAGGUUAAUAUGGCAUAGUGUAGCGACCUCGCGGGUGUUUUCUUAGCUGAGACGUGGGGGGUUUAGGUUGCGUACUUUGUAUUGUUGAGCGUCGCGCAUGGUGCUCCUGUAAAGAAAUAUGAGUCUUGGCAGAACACGUCCCAGAGGUAAUUUUUUAAUGUGAA